AAAAUUAUCUGGAUCACUGAAGAAAUAGGGUCGGGAAAGUCAUCUGUUGCUCACUCUCUCGCCGAACACCUCCGAGAGGAGGGCAAGCUAGCAGCCUCGUUUUUCUUUGCGCGAAACCACCCUAAACGAAACAACUUUGAUAAUCUUUUCCUCACACUUGCAUAUCAACUUGGCCUACACCACCCACGUGCGCGGGAUAUCAUUACCCAAGCCAUCGUAGACGACCCCGCCCUACUGUUCCCUGAAAAAUCUCGCCGUGAUCAAUUCGAGAAACUCAUAAUCGUUCCAUUGAAAGAUCUGGCUCGUGUUUGGAAGAUGAAUGACAAAGCGGCAAUGACGAUCAUUUUGGACGCUGUUGACGAG